UCAAGUCUCCUGAUAAAAGAAACUCAAUAAAAAAUAUCCAAUUCUGAGUAGUUGGGAGACUGACUGAUUAAUUUUGAUUGUAUCUAGUGUUGACUUGAUUAACCAAGUCCAUGAUGACAUGAAACUUGACUGGAAUUGGUCUUAAAAUUCGUUUACUAUUUAGGGGGUUUUUGAAGCAUCUUCAGUUAUUAAUAAUAUAACAAGAAAAUGAGUUGUUUGUCUACUAAACAUACAACAUCCUUAAUUAUAGUCCAAUCUAAAAUCAAAUCUCGUUAUACGCAACAAGGUUUGAUUUCAAGAUAACAUAACUGAGAUAAGGAGAGAGAUCACGAAUGUGGUGUGAUUUUAUUAUAAUCCAUUUAUAGAGUACCGAGUGCGAGUUAUUUAUACAUUAACGCAAUCAAAUCGAUUGAUCAGUUACCCAGCAGGCCGAUAUAACUUGUAAAGUGUUGACUGAACUCAUAACUAAUAAAAUUGCUGUAAUCUAGAACUAGUCAAUUGUAAUUUACGAAUAAUAGUUGCAUGCCUUGAUUGGUGGAACAUGAUGAACUGCGCAUUCAUCUAACAUCAUGAAAUGCAUCUAAAUGUACCGUGUUCAGCAAUAAAGAUAUUUGAUUUGAUUUGAUAAUUGAACGUCAUAAAUGUACCAAUAGGAGCUACCGUUUUUUGCUCAUCAAAUGUCGAACGGGUUUUUUGUCCAAUCAGAGUAGCUGUCAAAUAAUGAACGUCCAAUGGCGUGAUACUAGCUAAUUCCUUAUUGGACGAAGAACGAAAGUUGAUACUAUACCUAACUAAUGAGCAAUGAGACGGUAGGCCCCAUUGCGUUAAAGUAAAACAAACUCGCACAGGGCACUCAUCUCAAGGAGCUACGAGUAAUAUAAUAAUGGUGGAAGUUUAUAAAAUAAAGAAGGGGAACUCGACUAGUUUCAAACCAUUCUAGAGGCUCAUAUUCAUGAGUAGAUAUCUGCGACCCGCGACGCGGCGACUGUACAGUCCGCGCGCGAGCUCCGAGGAAUCGGGGGCUGCGGAAGCGGGCGGGUGUGCGCCGCGCCCGACCGUCGCUUCAUACCCCGCACUAUCCCAGUCUAGUGUCGACCUUGACGCGAGAGCACGCUUGUCGAAUCGUUGUUUUUAAUUUUGCGAUAACAGUUGUACUUUCGUUGAACUAUAAGUAGUACUAGUGAGUUUUUUUUGUGAGCGCAAUUUAAUUUGGUAAAAAAAGGAAUGGCGAGCACGAGCAGUGACAACAGGCAGAGAAAAAAAUCGUUUAUUAUUCGAAGGCAAGCCCGCGAAAUGGCGAAACACGUUCUUUCGAUGUGUGAAGAAGAAAAAAGAUCUAACCAUUUCACGUUUACUGUUAAUCAGGCACUUGAUCGAGCAGUAUAUUACACAGGUCUGUCUAAAAGUGUGUUAAGUAAAAUCAAGAAAGAGCCUACAGACCAGCAAGGACAUUUGAAAUCGCCAUCUAAAAAAGGGAAGAAGUAUCCGAGAGUCAAAGAUUUAAAUGUUGAUGAUUUUGAUCGUCAAGUAAUUCAUCGUUGCAUUGAAGAGUUUUAUUUGACCAAAAAGGUCGUCCCAACUUGCAAAAAACUUUUGUUGGCUUUACGGGAGAAAAUUGAUUUUCCUUGGGGUGUAACUAGCCUGAGAAAGUUGUUGAAACAAAUGGGGUAUAAGUGGCAGAAAUGUCAUAGCAAAAGGAGAAUUUUGAUAGAGAGGCCAAAUAUUAUAUAUGCUCGAUCUAUUUAUUUAAGAAAAAUACGUCAAUUUAGACAAAAUGAUCGCCAAAUAUUUUUCUUAGACGAAACAUGGAUUGAUAACAAUUUAACGUAUAAAAAAUGUUGGCGAGACGAUAAAAUAAACGCAAUAUUGACUGAUACGAGCUCUUCGAACAGAUUGAUUUUAGUCCAUGCGGGAUCGAGAAGCGGCUUUUUAGACGGAGCCAAACUGCUUUUUAAAGCUGGCACAGUCACCGGCGACUAUCAUGGGCAGAUGAAUAAUGUAAACUUUGAAAAAUGGGCUAACGAAAUGUUAUUACCGAACCUCCCUUCAAACAGCGUUGUAGUGAUGGACAAUGCCCCCUAUCAUAGCGUGCAAGAAAAUAAGGUGCCCACAAAAUCUAGUACAAAACAAGUUAUGUUAGAUUGGCUAACCAAAAAUAAAGUACAGGCCAGUUUCAGUAUGAGGAAAGUUGAAUUAUAUGAUUUAAUUCAGCAAAACAGGACUCCAGAAAAAACAUUUAAAAUGGACGAACUCAUAAAAGGCCAUGGUCACGAUGUACUGCGAUUACCGCCUUAUAUGUGCGACUUGAACCCAAUAGAGCUCGCAUGGGCAAAAGUUAAAAGGCUCGUGAGGGAACAUAACAUUACUUCUGAUUUUUCUCUGGUGAGACUGAAGGAGGUUACCGAAAAUGCUAUCACGCAAGUCACAACAGCAGAUUGGUGUGGAUAUGAUAAACAUGUCUUAGCAUUAGAGGAACAUUACUGGAAAAAGGAUGGCUUAAUGGAGGAUGUUGUCGACUCAUUUAUUAUUGAAGUACGUGAGGAGAGUGACGAUAGUACAUCAAAUUCUUCAAGUACUGAUAAUUCUGAUUUCGACAGUGAUUAAUUGGAUUUUACGUUCUAUUUGUUCAUUAAGUAUCAGUUCAUUAAAUUAAAUACAUACGUGAUACAAUUGUUUUAUUUUAUUUCAAAUACAUAUUACCCUCAUAGAAUUAUUUCUUAAUUUACACUCGCGCGGAGACUUAAGAUGUGUUAGUAUCGAUAGCACAAUAUCGACUAAUUCACAACUCUAGCUCAUUACGUCAACAUUCCUUAACAUUCCUCGGAGCUCGCGCGCGGACUGUAGACAGUCGACAGACUUUAAACUAGUCGAGUUCCUCGUCAAAUAAUUAGGCGAGUAAGCCGUAAAACGUAAUAAUUAAUUGUGUCAUGAAAGUUUUAUAAUAUAAAAUGAAGAAUGGUUAUGUUAUAAUCCAUUGUCUACUUACCAUUGGGGGAGCAAAUGGUAGCAAGGGAUUGUAAUUCCAUUACGAUUUCCGUUUGGGAAAUCAUCUUUAAAGAUCAACCUCUACCUUCAAAUGUAAAGGAGAAAUAAAUAUCAAGUCUGCAGUGAAUAUUAAAAUAUGAUAGUGUGGU